AUGCAGCACGUGAUGUCGUCUCCUGUUGACGCCCACCACGGUGAAACGACCAAACUGCCUCUUAUGCUAUCGGAGGGAACCAGCGUUGUUUGUUUUUGUGUCUCGCCUUGCGGUUCAAUGUUGGCUACAGCAACUGUUUCCGGCAUACUUAUUUUUGACACCACCACGGGCGAGUUAUUGGCAGAGUCUCUGGACGCGUUUCUUCCUCGAUCCCUGCGGAUGAUGCAGUUUUCCCCCGACUCCAAAAAACUCAUUUUAACGAUGGUAUCCGGACUGCGCCAUGUGGUGCUCAACACCGAAUUGUUGUACCUUUGUGAACAUAACACGGAGUAUCCAGCCAUUCCAACGUCGGUGACAUCCGAGUCGAUUGAAUUUCUUUUUUCUCCGCGCUUGACGAGCGGACGAAAGAGUUCACUCUACUUUACGGCAUGUGGGAAGACGGUGCUGGAUAAACUUGGUCCCUCUGCCGAUAGGGCUGUUGAUAACUUCGUCAUAUGCUCUCAUAUCAACGGCGAUUUUGUGGGGAAUUUGGUUGUCUUAGAAGCGGAUGAUGACAACUUUACAAUUCACGUGAAGGGAGGAAUCGUCACGCUGACGCAAGGCACGCACAGCUGCUCUGGUGCUUGCCCCAACAGUGCCCCUUGGCAUUUUAUCUUUUGCAAGUGGAACAAGGGCGUGUGGAUGCUGGGUAUCGACAACACCCUGGUUGAGCUGCAUGGAGCACGAACUGCCCAACCCAAGACGACCAGGGUAGUUCGAGCAACGGUAUUUGAUGGCAUUGGACACGUGGGAUCGCUUGUGGCGUGGAGUGGGGAGGGCCAGGACGGCCGCGUGAUCAGGAAGUUUUCUACGGACCGCGUCUUGGAAUCUUCUGUGAGGCCGUUUUUUUAUCUGCCGCUGGAUGAGGGCGAGGGGUUUUGGUUGAAGGAGCUGGCCACGAUGCGGGCCCUUUCCAUCCCAGAGCAGUCAAUUGUCUGGGAUGAGGCUCACUGCUGUCCGUGUACCCCACCCGAGUCGUUUGAUCACAAUGUUCGCUUUCCGCAACAGCUGCUUCUUCAGUCGGAAGUUCUGGUCAGUGAAUUUCAGGUACUCAUUAUAAUUCCCUCUGUGCACAAGGGUGGGGAUGGAAUAGUUGUUGCCGUUCAACAUGGAUCGAAGUCCAUCAGCCGAGUAUAUCGUUGCCCGGCGAGCUAUUCGCAGUCGCUUUAUUUUCUUUCCCGCGAUGAGUCUUUCUUGUAUUCCUUCCAGCAGCGCUUCUCGACAUUUUCUGUGACUUCCAUUUCUACCGCAGCGAGGCGAGAACACAAUUUACAAGAAAGCGGUAUUUUGCGCACGGAUACGUUGCGGGGCUCACCUGAGUGGUUAUACAAUGAGAUCUUGAAGCGGAUAUGCAUUGACGGAGUUGAUCUUCUUCGAAUUCCACCUGAAAUCAGCCCAUUACGGGCCGAAAACUUGCGGCAGCUUUGUGCGGUACUGCGAGGUGUCCAGCGAGAUUCUAGCGGUGUAAAAUUGGUUGCCGUCAUGACACUGGCAAUGGUACACUUUGAGCGGCUCGUACUGGAGGAUGCAGAAUCUCUUUCAGAGAUUGCUGCUUCUCUUAAUCGCUCAUGCAAGCAUAUUAUGGAGUGGUUUCUUGAGGGUUUUGUUCGUGAUGUGGCCGCGGCAUUAGUUCGGGCAGGCGCUGGUCAAUCGCUAAGCAUGUCCGAUAAGGUUGAUAUCCUUAUGCACGCGGAUGACCCAAGAACGGCAGAUGUAAUUGAUAGUUGCAUGUACAAAGAAUCUUUAUACAAUAUUAUAUCUUUUGUGAUUAAUGACAACCCUUCGAAGGUGUUGCUUAUUGUCAAUGGGCUUCUUCGACGAUGUAGACUGGAGGAAGAAGGCCUUGCUUCUGGACGGUCCCUCAUUCAUUUUAUGUUAUGGUUUUCAAUUAUUUCUGUUCAACUUCUUCAUGCUAACGGGCAGGACAUGCUGAUUUCCCGUCUGCUAGAACUAUAUGUUCAGCAUGCCGAACAGCUUCUUGCAAAGCGAUCAUGGGAUGACAGCAUGCAGCAAACGGUGGUUCAUACCGGGCUUUUACCGAUGCUUAUUGGUGUUGCCAGGCUAUGUCCCGCUGCGGUCACCCAAGUUGUAGAGAUGGCGUUGCUUCAUCUUCUUGAUACAUUGCCUCGGGAAGCAACGAGGAGCCUUUUUCCCGUGAGUUUUGAAACCCGACAGGCAUGCGAUGUUGUGCCCACUACAGACGACGCGCCAUUUAAGUUUGUUCUUGACUAUAAAAGAGCAACAACGGUGUCCAUUGGGAAGGAACCGUCUGACUCGGAGGUGACGGUGAUUACAUCCAAUCCCUCUACUGCGAAGCCGAAUAAAAUUGUCUUGAGUAACGAGACACCAUUUGUCAAGGUGUGUGGAUCGACGUUGUUGCUUUUUGGGAACGGAGAAAAUUCCCUCACCAUCGUCUGCAGUUAUGAUCUUUGUGUUGGCACCCCCUGGAGCUCUGUAUUGCGAGAGGGUAUUUUGAAUCUUCUUUUGUCCGCAGCGAGGCAUUUAACAACAACUCCGAGGCCAUGUGAAGUUUUUCUUGCUCCAUUGUUGCGUCAUGGGUUGGACACAAAGACACUCGCGACGCACGGGCUGGAUGUCCCUGGCAGGGUAAACGAGUCCGGUUUUGCCGUUGAUAUUCUCAACGAUGUGGGUGAAGGGAAGGAAUUUGUGGAUGAUGUUUGGAAAAAUAUGCGGGGCAGCGUAACGCCCCCAAUGCGGCCUGCGAUUCAGGCACUUUUAUCUUUGCUUAUUCACAGCGGACUAAAUCCACAACAGGCCACGGACGAGUUAAAACUCCGUUGGUUCAGCGGGGAAUGGGGAAGCAAACUACAGGGGAGUGGAAAAGAUGCCGCACGUCAAUCCUUGUUGGGUUUAGCCAAAUGGAUUACUUCAUUUGUGUAUUAUCAACGGGACUCCUCUCCCUUGUAUACACGACGCCUUUCGAACGGACGACGCUCCACAAUGGAGAGUCCAUCCACCACGUCACGGUCUGCGUCAGACCCAAGGGGUUUCACAACGGCUAGGCGAAGUACGGUGAGGGGGGUGAUGCAGAAUCAAGAUACACUGGACCAGGUGCGAGCCCUUCUUUCUAAAGGCAUCACUCCCCAGGAACUCGAAGACAUUUUGGUGGAACGAACAGCUUCCGCGCUGAGUAUAGUGCGUGGACUGCAACUCCUUUCUUCUCUUCUCUCAAAACUUGAGAAGGAGGAGAAGCGAAUGCUUCACGAGGUACUUAAGACCCUCUGGCUGUUUUCUGGAGAAGGGAGUGGGAAGCACAUGAUUGAGAGUCUUGUGGGUUCGGGUACCGAGUUGGAAAUGCGAGUGCGUGUGGCGUUUCAUUCUGUUCUCGAGACGUGUGAAUCUCUCCUAAUGAAUAACUGUUCCAGGGAGAUGUCGGCAGAGGCGAUGCUGACGUCACCGGCCGAGAAUGGUCCUUCCACGAUAUUACUGUUGGCCAUUAUGUGCCAUCCGUGGGAUGCCGUGGAUUGUGAGUUUUUUAAGUGCAACGGGAAUGAGGAUGAGCUGACAGGUAUCCUUGGACAUUUGGAGGGACAGAUGAAUCUGUUCACAUGCAACGUGCCGUUGAUGUCUUCAUGGCGUACCCAUCGUCAUCAAAGUGAUGCUACGGGCGCAGCAAAAAGGGCGAAUAAAUGGAAUGAAAUGAUUGGUAUUGCGGAGCACAUGUCGAUAAACUGCAUUCUGCCAAAUGGAUUUUCUAUUGCCAUUCCAAAUUUACAACUUUCUCUUUCAGAGGAGGGCAUCACCUUUGAGAAGGCCGUUGCCGGCCCAUUGACGUUGCGUGCGGAUGAGGCCUGGCCUUUGCCACGACUCAUGGCUUGGUUCGGUGGUGUUCCCCGCGUAUUUUAUUAUGAGGUGACACUCACAUCGCCGUGCCACAUUUUUGCCUUGGGCCUGGGCCACUGCCGGGGCGGGAUGGAUCGUGGGGUCGAUGUGGCGUAUUUUUACGAGAAUUCCGGUGACACCCAUGACAUUUCUUGCCCGCCUUUUGAAGAGGGUGACACGAUUGGCUGCGGUGUUGUGGCGACAACGCGAAGAAUAUUUUUAACCCUGAACGGUGUCUUUGUUUCAUUCAUGGGGACUGUGAGCGACAAGACUGAGGCACUCUACCCCGUCAUUCGUAUCAAUAACCGCGAACGCGCAGGCUUUACGGUGAACUUUGGCUCUACCGCUUUUUGCUACGAUUUUCGCAGAUUACACCCCGCUCUUUUUAUUAGUGGGCGCCCAACUUGUUACAGCAUCGCUUCUACCGCGGAGAUUGUUCUUCACUACAUUUGUGCUCGUGCCUGCACCAUGCGGGACUCCGGUAAACCCUGCGCAAGAAUGUUUCUUAUAAAUUGCUGUGAAUUGGUUUGCCGCAGCAUCAACAAGGUGGCGUCAAUUAUUAUGGACAUUGGUGUGACUAAAGUGGAAAAUUGUGAUAGUCGCGUUGAGCAGGCUGUGGUUCUUUCCAUCGCCGAAGCAUCGCUUAUGAAGUUCAUUGCAGCGCUACGUCACAUUUUACAGAUUGGCAAACCCUAUUUACUUCCGGAGGUGAUUGGUGAGAUGCUCUUUAAUGCGGCAACAGUUCUCAUGAUGUUGCCUUUGCAUUCGAUACAAAUGUCGACCAUUAGUUUUUUUCCAGAACUUCUUCCACACAUCCCUCAUGUGCAAGACAUGGGCGCCUCAACAAAGCUGGUAAAGACCCUGUUUGGACACGCAAAAGUGCCGCUGGAUACUCGGGGGUA